GAAAAACAUAUGAAGCACGUACAGCUUCAUGACGUCUCCUGACCGCAGAAGUCGCUGCAGGACAGCUCCGAAACAAGCUAGGGGUACUGGAGGAUGAUGGCACACUAGCUGUGACGAGAUGGUGUGGCUGUGGAAAGAAGGUGAUCCACGUGACCUAUGUGGUGGCACGAGGCAGGCAGGAAAGUGAGGCAGUGCUGAGUGCCGCUCACUGCACGUAGAAAGACAAACUCUACAAGGACGUGUAUCAAGCCCAUCUGAGCCAUACAAGUCAAAUCCGACUAGUGAUAGUGAUUUUUGACCGACUAUGACAUGGAAAUUUUGCCUCGAAGCAGUUGAAAUAGAAACUAUGCUGGAUCUCAAAGGAGAUUAUAAGUAUAUGCAAAUACAAGCAUGAGUUUAACAAGCUUCAAUCGACUGGCUCCUGAAGCCACAACACGGGAAGAACGACGUCCUAUCAUGCAACAGAAUGGUGGUAGGCCUCUGACGACCAGUGGACCAGGCAUGGAGAUGGCAGCUAACUAUAACAGUACAGCAGACACAACCCCGCAGCUGGAAGGACAGGAGUCUGCAUCUUCUAACGCGUUCCAGCCCAAGCAGCAUUAUGACAAUGCUGACCGAGGAAGAGGUUUGGAGGACUGGCUAGCUUGCCUGAAGGUUUCGAUUGUACUGUGGUCCUGCUGCCUAAUGGGGGUCGUGUUGGCACUCCUAGGAAUCAUUUUACUCGCUAGUGCGGUGUCGCUGCUAGAACACUUGCCACCCAACACCUGCACCUCGUCACUAUGUCACAAGGCAGCUGGCAACAUCCUUAGCUCCCUGCAAGAGGAUGUAUCUCCAUGUGACAACUUUGCCGAGUUUGUUUGUGGAGGUUGGCAGAAAGAACACCCGCUCCCAGAGUCCAAGUUCCGGUGGGGGGUCAUUGACAGCAUGGAUGAAAAGACGCUGCUGGAAGUGCAAGGUCUGCUGGAGAAGAAUCUGCAGGAAGAUGAGCCACACGUCAUAAAGGUCACUAAGACAGUCUACCAGGCCUGUGUCAAUGAGAGCCAGUGGGAAGCAGCUGGUGCAAUGCCACUUCUCAUCCUACUGAAAAGGGAAGGAGGAUUGCCUAUGAUUGAGCCAGACUGGAAUGAGGAGAAGUUCAAUGUGAUGAAAAUGCUCUCCAGGAUGAGAAGGACGCUUGCCAAUGAGCACCUCAUCAGUGUCACAGUCCAGCCAGACAGCAAGAACACCUCUAAUAAUGUGAUUAAUAUAAAUCAAGGGAGGCUAACUCUACGGCGAGAGUACUACACUCCUGACACACCCCUGAGUCGCUACCACAAAGCUACCCACAUUUCCCUUAUGAAGCAAGCUGGAGAAUUUUUGUUGAAAGCACAGAAGCAGGAACAAAAUGUGACCUUUCUCAAUAAUCUAUAUAGAGAUGUGGAGGACCUUUGGGAAUUCAGUGUGAAGGUGGCAGAGAUCACAGAGCUGAUGGAGCAUUUCGACCCUUGGCAGCUGUACAACCCCACAACAGUGAAGGAAUUACAGGCACACACUGAUGCCACCAACAGCACCUUCAAAGUAGACUGGCUGAACUUCCUUAAGGAUAUAUUCAAUGGGACAGGAGUACACUUGACAGAAACACAGCAGCUGAUGGUGGACAGACCUGAGUACCUGCCACGUCUGGUGAACCUUCUGGAACAUACUCCUGCAAGAACCCUGGCAAACUACGUACUGUUCCCCCUGGUGCCAGCCAUGGGUGAAGAGAUUUCUGGCCAGCCACCCAACCCCACACUCCAUAGUGUCACUGGAUCUCUGGGAAGGAGAAGCUCAAGAAUAUGGUAUGACUGUGCGAAAAAGGUUCGAAUUAUUCUUCCCUUUGGUGUUGGAGCACUGUAUGUUCGCCAUCACCUCUCCUCCACCACCCAGAAAUUGACACUGCAGAUGGUGGAGGAUGUGACUGCAGCAUUCAGAGACAUGUUGGUGGAGGCAUCUUGGAUAGACCCAGCAACUCUGAAGGAGGCUCUGCACAAGUUGGACGAAAUGCAACAUUUGGUAGCCUUUCCACCGCUUGCCAUUAUUGACGAUCUGCUGGAGGAGUACCAUCAAGGGAUACCUGAAGUUAAAAAGAACGACCACUUUGGCAACAUGUUGGCACUCACAGCCUGGCAGUGUCACAGGACACUUCAUGAACUCACCUCACCAGAAUCACGGGACAGCUGGCCUCGGGGACCCCUUGAGAUAAAUGUUUACUCUGCUUUCACCAAUGCCAUUGUGAUUCCCAUGGCUAUGCUGCAACCACCCAUCUUCAUCCCAGAGAAGCUAAUAGCUCUCAACUAUGGAAGCUUGGGAUCAAUAAUUGGUCAUGAGACAAUACAUGGAUUUGACAGCACAGGACGUAUGAGGGAUGCACACGGAAAUCUGAAACACUGGUGGACGAACACAACCCGCCAGCAGUACCUCAACAGAACACAGUGCUUUGUUAGGCAGUAUUCUACCUAUGAUGCGGCACCACUCCUGUUUCCAUACCAGCGGCCAGAUCAUGAGUUAAUGAUAAAUGGUGAAAGAACACUGGCUGAGAACAUAGCAGAUAAUGGGGGUCUGAGAGCAGCAUGGGCAGCCUACCAAAGAAGAAUUAAGAAGGAAGGGCAGGCCCAUACUCUCUCCCUUCCUGGCCUUCAACAUUAUACCAAUGACCAGCUCUUCUUCAUCAGCUUUGCUAAGGUGUGGUGCAACAACAUCACACCUUUUGCACUGCAGUACAUUCUGAACGCUGAUGUCCAUGCGCCCGGCCACUUUCGAAUACUAGGGGUGCUUCGUAACUUGCCAGCCUUUGCCGAAGCCUUCAAGUGCCCCUUGGGUUCCUCAAUGAACCCCAUAGACAAGUGCACAUUUUGGUGAAGCAAGGAUGAUCGUGAGAAUGUGGCAAGAAAUGGUUGCUAUGCCAGACAGGGCUUUCAAGUGUACUCUUGCACUUGUGGUAUGUGAGAGAUGACACAAUCAUGCAUUUAUAGAAAUACAAAAUCAGUGAUAUAAAUCUCUGAAUAUUGAUUACAUGUGCACUUAUUCCUUGUAUAUUACCUUCACCUCCAGAAACUCAUUUCCUAUGAGUGUUAAGAUGUUCACACACACACACACACACACACACACACACACACACACACACACACACACACACACACACACACACAUGCAUAAAUGGGUAAAAUUAACAAGUGACCUAUGUGCAAAUAUAAAAUGGGAGAAGAUAUAAUGCAAAGGAGUUAAGAGAAACACCUGGGAGUGAUUAUAUAAGACACCCUGACCACAGAAAGACACAUAAAUGAACUAAUUGCUUCAACAUACAAGACACUAACAAACAUCAGGGUGAUGUUCUAUUACAUGCAUAGGAGUAUGAUGAAAAAAAUCAUAACCACUAUCAUAAGACAGACUAAAAUGUGCAACAGUGGUAUGGUCACCACACAGGCAGAA